AAAAGAGUCUCAAACUAGUGGUUGAGAUUUAAAAAAAAAAAGUUUUUAAUAAUAGCUCUCUUUUGCAACUAUUUCAUUAUCGUGGAAAAUACUAAAUUAAUAAAACUGGUAAGGGACUAAGCCUGAUAUUAUUGUGACUUCAAACAAUAAAGCAUAAUGUCUAAUUUUACUAACAAAAACGUUUUAAAUGAUUAUAGUAUGCUGCAUAUAACACACUCAAAAUUUAGUGUUUGAUAUUGUCUAUGUGUCUGUGUGUAUUUAUGUAUAUGUCUAAUAAGUAAAGUAACAAAGCUAGAAUAAAUGUUCUCUUAGCAACGGUCACUGCCAGGUGCAUGGUUACCAGCAACGUGCAGUCUCCGUUGCUGUACUUGGAUUUACUCGCUGGUAAGGUAUUAUUUAUGUGCGUUCUUGAAGCAGAUAUAACUUUAAAACACGAGUAGUUUUAGCAGAAUGUAGUAUUUUUUUAGCAGUAUGAUAACUUUAGGCCAACUUUGUAUCCUAGCAUGGAACGCUAGCUAGCUCAGAAACGUUGGCUAAUGUUAGUUAGCUAAGACUGCGGUGAAAAUAUGAAUGAAUGGUUCCUGAAAAAACACUCGACGUAAUAUUUCAUGUAUGUUUACUUUAACACGUAAUAAUAUUCAGCCAGCUUUUAACAGUGGCAUAAGUAAGUCACCUGUUAGCAAUACCACGGACAGACAUGUUCUUGAACAAGCUAUAGUCCUGCGUUAGCAUUAUUACUUAAAAGCUAAUUUUGCAGAAUGAGUCAUUUCAGUGUUAUAUAUGCAUUACUGAAUUGUAAUAAUUGAGCAAUAACUAUUCCUUUCUUUCAUAUUGCAGCUAGUCAUCCAGUAGCUGAUUUUUUUAAAUCACAUUUGUUGACUUUCAACUAUAAUUUUGCAGAAAAGGGCGGUUAAAGUUUACUGUUACAGACUCAAAGCGCCUUUUUCCAUCACUCACAAGCUGAGAGGCAGUCAUUGCACUCCGAUCUCAUUCUUUUAAGUGCCAAUUGAAAUCAUUCUUGGAAGGAUGGAUAAAGGCUAUUUUUGCAGGUAGUUGUACUUAUGCAGAGUUUAGGAAUUAAUGUAUGUUACACUAGUUAGAUGAGUUAACUGGAUACAACCCAUAGACAGUACAUUGACAAACUGACACCAUAAUAACUAUUUAGUGGGCCAUUAAUGAGCUAUAUAUCUGUUUUGCUGCAGGUAUUACAGGAGUAAGCCAUGGAGAUGGAUGCCAAAGAGGAAGAUAUGAAACUGAAGGAGAUGCGUGAGAAAAUGGAGGAGCUAGAGCACAGUCUAACCCAGCAGAGGGACCGCAAUUAUAAACUAAACGACUGGCUGGAUGUAGCAGAAGAUGAUUUAGCAAUCUUGCGUCCCGAGAACAUCCUCCUCAGGAAACAAGUGAAAGCCCUGGAGAAGAGCAGCAGUGAAGUCCAGCUGGUGGAAGCAGAGCCUCGCAGGUCGCUCCUAGAUGAGGAACUCGAUGCUCAGAGAUGGAGUGAAAACAAGAUUCAGAAAUUGGAGAAGGAAUCAGCCAUUAUGAAGGAGCAGAACAAGAAGCUACUUGUAGAGCUCGAGACCCUCCAGCAAGAGAGAGAGCAGGACAAGAUCAGUUUGGAGAAGAACAGGGUUUCACUUCUAUCCAUGAAGCGUAGAUUGGAGGAGGCUGAGCUUGGGCUGCAGAAUAGGGAUGAUGAUAUUCAUAAGAAAAACUUGCAGUUGAAGUACUCAGAGGAAUUAAACAAAGAGAACUUCAACAUCAUAGAGUGUCUCAGGCAGAUGAACCAGGAGCUGGGAGAGCAGCUGGAGGACAGACGGGACACAGCCUCAUUCACCAUUGUGAAUGACCUGAUGGAAAAAAAGGAGGAAGCACUCCGCCCCCCUCUUUCCUUCGCAGAGGAGCUGCAGCUGCUGGCCUUCUCGCCUGAAGUGAAACCCAGCAUCACAGCCUCUGCAGAUCUCAGACAUGAGGAAUUUGAGGCUGAGGAGCCGCUGAAACCUCUGAGUCUCCCAGAAGACCGUCAGACCAAAAGGUGGGCACGUACCUUCGAGACAGCCUUCCAGAGAGCAGGAUUAUUUCUGCUCUUCAUCUUCUUCCUCACUGUUCUGGGUUUUGUGGCUUCAGGAAGCUUAACAGGAAACGUUUUUUCCAUCAACACCUUGUGGAGCGGCACACGCCUGAUGCUUCAGCCCUACUACAGUGUGCAUUAUGGGGCCUUACCUCCAAUUUGAACCUGACGCUCCUUUUAUAAACACUUGAUCUCCUUUUAUAUUGUUUGUGUUUUAUGAGGGGAUUAUUUUAAAUAUUUUAUUUCUGUAAACCAUCUGCAUUUUUUAAGUUUUUCUUUGUAUUGUUAGGUUACAUUUUAGAAAUGAUAACAGUAAAAGUCUUAUUUAGCAGGGCUUGGAAAUCCGUGAAUUGGAACAUAUAUAUAUAUCAACAAAACUUAAUUGAACAUUUUUAGUUUCUUCAUUGGUUUUGAAGAAGAUGAAAAAUGUAGUUUUCAUUAAAAAAAGGUGUUGCUUGAACCUAUGUUUUGUAAAAAUUCAGUUUUGAGAAACGACUAUCACACAAAAUGACCAGACAUUAACCAAUGAAUACUGGUUUCACACUGGUAUCUAACUAGUUUUUGUACAGAAGCAGCACUACUUCCAUAAAAAUAGUUUUACAAAGGGAUCUUUUUGUGGCCAGUGUGGAAAACGGUUCCAGCAACCAAUAAAUCAUUGCAUGUACGUAUGGCCAUGUGAGCAUUGAAUAAACACUUGAAUAAAAGGAAGCGAAGAGAUGAGUUUUUAGUUAUUUUGUGAGAAUUUUCCAAGAACUAUUUCAAGUCUAUCAAUAAGACCAUCACUCAGUAAGGAGCCCAGGGUGGGACUAACAGAGAGAUGAUUGUAACAGAAACACUUUGGUCUACAAGGAUGACAUUUAAAUGUUAAGAUAAAUUUCAUGUCUCACAAAACUCAUUUCUGACCUUUCAUGUGAAAUUUCAUAGCUUUCAUCUCGAGGCAAAAAAGCAGAUUUUCAGCUAUGAAAGUCAUCUAAUAGGCCAAGUCUAUAAUUGGAUUAUUGAACUGUAAACUACAAUUAUAAAACUGUGAAAAAUAAAGAUACAACAUGAGGGGUAUUUCCUCACUGCUCGUUUCAUACCACAAUGCAUCCAACAGUGACUGAAGUGUGUGGAAGUGUGUAGCCCCUAACCCAUAAUGACACGUGUACAUAUUUUGAGAUUAUUCAAAAGAGUUAAAACCUCGACAGCUGAUCGUUGUAGACAACAGUCAUCCCUAAAGGGUUUUAAAAGUUCAAUUGAAGUAAUUUUUGUCCUUUGCAAACU